GCAGAAAACUAACUGAAAAACGAGAACCUACUGUAUGGUUAGUAAUUUCUUCCAUGUCAUACAAGUAUUCGAGAAAUCUGCUACCUUGAUUAGUAAGACUGAACGCAUUGGUUUUGUCAUUUAUUCAUGGAGGAAGUCCACCACCCACUUGGGGAGCAGAAGGAAAUUUGCCAUCUCAAUUUACUUAACUUACGAAGUUUCUUUGCAGAAAUAUGAUUGUCCCUUCAGUGGGACAUCAUUUGUGGUCUUCUCUCUCUUUUUGGUCUGUGCAAUGGCUGGAGAUGUAGUCUACGCUGACAUCAAAACUGUUCGGACUCCCCCGUUAGAACUCGCAUUUCCACUUCAGAGAUCUGUUUCUUUCAACUUUUCUACUGUCCAUAAAUCAUGUCCUGCCAAAAACUGGAAGGUGCAUAAGGGAAAAUGUUACUGGAUUGCUGAAACUAAGAAAUCUUGGAACAAAAGUCAAAAUGACUGUGCCAUAAAAAAUUCAUAUCUCAUGGUGAUUCAAGACAUUACUGCUAUGAAAUCCAAUCUUUUUUGACAUAUGCAUAUAGAAGUUCCUAGACUUCAGUGCUGAGGAGACAGAGGCUACAGGCAUCCAUAUGUCUGUGUCUGGGGUCUUCUCAGGAAGAGGCCUCUGAUGAAGAGAACAAAGCUCUGCUUGAUAUCCCAGCUUGAGCAAGACGGAUGGGACAAGUUCUUGGCAGCCACCAGCCGCCAGGAGAUGGCUGAAAUAGACAAUCAAUUUCCAGGAUAUUGGGAAAUUCAAGACCAAUCAAUAGAAUUAUCUGGAGAUAAACUCUCUGGGACAGUGUUCAUCAAGUUGCAGUGCCCUGUUUGAGUCAGAGUCAGUGUUAGUCGGAGAUACAGUGAAGUCUAAGGAGGAUGUGGAAGAGUGAUUGGUGAUAGCAGAUAAAAGAAAAAUGAAUCAGUGGGAUAAAUGGAGAUGACCAAGUUUGGCGAGAAGACAAUACUAUGAGAGAAGGUGUCCAGAGACAGAGUGAGACACAGAUAUAGGAACAGGAUCCUAGGCCUUCCUGCUCCAGGAAAAGCAUGGAAAAGGCAAGUUGUGAGGGCAGAAGACAGUCCCACAAGAAUAUGAAAUUCAGUCAUGCAAAGGGCUGGGAGGGCAGAAACACAGUGGUGAGAGUGAGCCAGAAAGGAGAUGUGGGGAGCAAGGACUCAUGGCAGAGAAGGCCCUGGUAACCAAGAUAAGAAAGUCAACUGUGAAGGUGAACUAAGAACACAUGAUGGAUGAGUGGAAACCAGGGGCCAGAAAGUCUUUGAAGGCAGAAGAUACAAGGCAAUUUGUGGGCAGGAGGGAAAAAAGUAGUGAAAAUAUGCAGGCCAAUGUCAGAGGGGCCUGUGAUGGCAGAGAGGAGGCCAAUGAUGUGAGUAAAAGGAGCGCUGCAGGAACCGGACCCAGUGUGACAUUAUGAGAAAAUGAGAAAAACUGAGAUGGUGAGGGAGAGUCAGAGCCAAUAUCGGAACCAAUGAUGAAAGGCCUCCAAAGAGAGGUCAGGAUAAGAAGAUAGAAUAAAGGCCAGAACUGGAGAGAGCUCAGCAGUGGGUGGGGAUGGCAAUUGGACCUCUGGAGUGUCAGCUGGGAGAGUGGAUGCUGGAGGUAGAGGAGGAAAAAACCAAAAAUUUGUGAAUGAGAGCUAGACCUGUGUGGUAAAAGCUUCCAAUACUUCUUCCCACACAGAGGACUGCCUUCAGUGCAUACAUCAGGUCACUGAGGUAGGACAAGUUAAGACAAUCUUUUUAUUUUAUAGCUAUUAUGAAUGCCUAGGGACUCCAAAGAGAAACUUUGUAUAGUAACACCCAGUACAAAGUAUGUAAUCCAGGAAGUGACCAGCCCGAUGUGUGCUAUGACUCCUUUGAACCUCCCAUGAUCACAGUCCUUGAAGUAAGACUAAGAACUAGUCGUUCUCUAAGUGACACAAGUAAAGUAAUAGCUAGAACAGAAGAAAAAGGGGUCCCCAAAAAUGUAACCUUAAAAUUUGAUGCCUGUGCUGCUAUUAAUAGUAAACAGCAUAGGUUAAGAUGCGGUUCUCUAGAUUAGAAAAAAAGUUACGCAGCAGAAAAUAAGUACAUCUGUCAAGAAUCAUAUUUAUGUGAGAUGUGUCAAUACUUGUCUUGUGUCAUUCAUUUAGGCUACUUAGAAAGAAGAUAAAAAAGAUCCUGUUUGGCUCCAAAAAAGGAAAAGUCAGCCCCUCCUGCAUGAGGGGGAGCUGCAGCCCUUUAGAAUUGAUAAUCACAAAUCCCUCAGACCCAAAGUAGAAUAAAGGAAAAUAUGUAACAUUAGGCAUUGAUAGAAAAGGACUAGAUCCUAGUGUAAAUAUCCUAAUAGAAGGAGAGGUUCAAAGAUGCUCUCCAGAACCAGUAUUUCAGACUUUCUAUGAUAAACUAAAUGUGCCAGUACCAGAGACUCCAGGAAAAACCGGAAAUUUGUUUUUGCAGUUAGCCAAGCAUGUAGCCCAGUCUCUAAAUGUCACUCCAUGUUAUGUUUGUAGAAAAACUGUAAUAAGAGAUCAAUGGCCAUAAGUAGCCCGAGAAUUAGUUCCUACAGACCCAGUUCCUGAUGAAUUUCCAGCCCAAAAGAACCACCCUGACAAUUUUUAAGUUCUAAAAGUCUCAAUUAUUAGACAGUAUUGUAUAGCUAGAGAAGGAAAAGGAUUCACUCAUCCUGUAAGGCAGCUUAGUUGUCUUAGGCAAAAGCUGUAUAAUGAUACCACAAAAACAGUUACAUGGUGGAGUUCCAAUUACACAGAAAGAAAUCCAUUCAGUAAAUUUCCAAAGCUGCAGGCUGUUUAGGCCCACCCAGAAUUCCACCAGGACUGGAUGGCCCCCACUGGGUUAUACUGGAUAUGUGGACACAGAGCUUAUGCUAAGCUGCCUGAUCAGUGGACAGGUAGCUGUGUAAUUGGCACCAUUAAGCCAUCUUUCUUCUUACUGCCCAUAAAAACAGGUGAACUUCUGGGCUUCCCAGUCUGUGCUUCCCGCGAAAAAAGAAGCAUAGCCAUAGGUGAUUAGAAAGAUAAUGAAUGGCCUCCUGAAAAAAUCAUACAAUACUAUGGACCCACCACUUAUGCACAAGAUGGCUCAUGAAGAUAUCAAACCCCCAUCUACAUGCUCAACCGAAUCAUACAGUUACAAGCUGUUUUAGAAAUUAUUACUAAUAAAACCAGUUGAGCUUUGACUGUUUUUGCCCGGCAAGAGACUCUUAUGAAGAAAUGCUAUCUAUCAAAUAGAUUGGCUCUCGACUACUUACUAGCAGCUAAAAGAGAGGUCUAUAAGAAAUUUAACCUUACUAAUUACUGUCUACACAUAGAUAAUCAAAGGCAAGUAGUUAAAGACAUAGUUAAAGAUAUAACAAAACUGGCACAUGUACCCAUGGAAGUGUGGCACGGACUCAAUCCAGGAGCCAUGUUUGGAAAUUGGUUCCCAGCAAUAAGAAGAUUUAAAACUCUUCCAAUAAGAGUAAUAAUAGUAAUAGGAACUUGCUUACUGCUCCCUUGUCUGACACCUGUAUUUCUCCAAAUGAUAAAAAACUUUGUCGCUACCUUAGUUCACCAAAAUGCUUCAGCACAAGCAUACUAUAUAAAUCACUAUCGAUCUAUUGCACAAAAAGACAUAAGUAGCAAAAAUAAGAGUGAGAACUUCCCCUAAUAAAAAGUGAGAGUCUCAAAUGGGGGAAAUGAGGGAAGAGAGAGACCCUCUCAUGUUGUUUUAUAUUGUUUUAUACUCAGUACCUGUUUUAAGAAAAAAACAACAAGAAAGUAAAACCAAAGACAGGCAGCCCAGCACCAGGCCCGAAACCAGGCCUGGGCCUGCCUGGCCUAAACCCAUUAGUUAAAAAUCAACUCAUAACUUAGAAACCGAUGUUAUUCAUAGAUUCCAGACAUUGUAUAGAAGAACACUGUGAAACUCCCUGCCCUGUUCUGUUUCUCUCUGACCACCGGUGCAUGCAGUCCCUAUCAUGUACCCCCUGCUUGCUCAAAUCAAUCACGACCCUUUCAUGUGAAAUCUUUAGUGUUGUGAGCCCUUAAAAGGAACAGAAAUUGUGCAUUCGGGGAGCUCAGAUUUUGAGGCAGUAGCUUGCCGAUGCUCCCAGAUGAAUAAAGCCCUUCCUUCUCCAA